AUGGCAUCGUGCAGCGCAUGUGCGGGUGGGCUUUUCCUGCUGCACGGGGCCGCCUGUGUGGAUGCCUGCCCGAGGGGGUAUGUGGCCAGCGCCGAGGCCGGGCCGGCGGCCUGCCUGCCCUGCCAUGCCAGCUGCUCCGACGCGUGCACCGGGCCCGGGGAGCAUGAAUGCCGUCCCCCGGGCCGGUCGGCCGGUCGGAGCGUGGCCUUGGCGGUGGGCCUGGCGGCAGGGCUGCUGGUGGUGGUGCUCUUGCUGCUGGGCCUGGCACUUUGGUACAUCCGGCAGCGGGGCAAGAAGCUGGCAGUGGCCCGGGCGGCCACGCUUGAGGAGGAUGCCACCAUGCUCAAUACCAUCGUGGAGCUGGCCCUGCCCGGGGCCAUUGUGGUGGAUGUGGAUGGGGACUUUGCCCCGGAGACGGGGGCCCCCAUGGGAUCCGGCGCCCAGGCCAGGGUGUAUGCGGGGCGGGCCGUCGGUGCGGGGAUCUCCGCCCGGCUGGGCUGCCCGGAGACGGUGGCCAUCAAGCGCAUGAAAAGCAGCCCCAUGAAGCCCCUGCAUGUGGCCAUGUUCCAGAAUGAGGUGUCCCUGAUGUGGCUGCUCCGGGAGCAGGGGAACAUCGUGCGGCUGUUCGGGUACAGCCAGGCGCCGGCGGCCAUUGUGAUGGAGCGCUUUGACACGGACAUGGGCCUGCUUCUGCACUCGGAGGUGGAGCUCAGCUCUUUGGACCUGGCGGACAUGGCCCGGCAGUGGGCCUCCGGGCUGGAGGCCAUGCAUGCCCACGGGGUGGCCCAUUGCGACGUGAAGCCGGGCAAUGUGUUUGUCAGCCGGACGAGGGGGUCUUGGCGGGUGGCCCUCGGGGACCUGGGCGCCAGCCGGAAUCUCAAUGUCGAUCGGUCUUCGGCGUUGUUGCUGGCGGUGCCGCGGCUGAAUGCCCUGAGUGCGCGGUAUGCGGCGCCGGAGUUGCUGGCGGCCGUGCGCCGGGGGACGACGCUCGGGCAGCACCUGCUCUUCCCGGCGGACAUAUAUGCCGCGGCGGUCAUGCUGAAUGAGUGCCUCGAGCGAAGGGUCCCCUGGGCGGGGAUGACUUUGGCGCAAAUCGCGGAUGCGGUGCAGGCGGGCGAUCGGCCGCCCGGCGGGUCUUCCGACACCGGGGUCGGGGAUUUUAUUGCGGCUGCCUGGCAGGCGGACCCCGAGCGGCGUCCUGCGGCCGAGACGUUCCGCCAGCGCUGCGCCGCCAUGUAUGUGGCUGCUGGUGGCCUGGAGUGACAUGGCUGUGCAACCUAUGAAUAGACCAUUGAUGUGUGCA